AGAGAGAGAGCAAGAGAGCGGAGUAAACGGUAACGAGCCGCCUUCUACGGGCUGUUCAGGUGUCCGGGAGUCCCCUGAAGAAUAAACCCGACUUCAUUCAGCGACUCACUGACCCACUGAGGGAAUAGUCGGCAGGAGCCUCGACACACUGGGAAGCCCGGGCAGCGAAAGUGGUCGCCCGCCGCGGUUCUCGAAGCACAGAAAGACACUAAAGAGAAACACCGUCGGAGAGAAUUCGGACUUUUCUUUAAGUGGAAGAGGCGGUUCGCUUAAACUUUCUUUAAAAGCACUCGCGAAGCGCUUCGGACGCAAGUGAAGAAGAGAAAAGAGGGCUGCGGGCGGAGCGGCGCGUCUCCAGAGCGGGAUGCGUUUGCUCUGAAGUGGGAAGAGACGGCGAGCGCCUCCAGUGCGGCUCAGUCGCGGCAGGCUUGCUUUUCAUGGAUAUGCUAGAGAGGGACCGCUAGAAUGGAAGUGGUGGAUGAAACCGAAGCUCUGCAGAGGUUCUUUGAAGGUCACGACAUCAACGGGGCUCUGGAGCCAGCAAACAUCGACACCAGCAUUCUGGAAGAAUACAUCAGCAAAGAAGAUUCGCCAGAUAUUUGCUUCCCCGAGAUCACACCCCCAGGCUACCCUCACACUCAGCAGGGUGUACCACCUCUACACCCUAACGCCUGUCUGUCUGCCUUUCCACCCCACCUUGGCCAGCUUAACAAGGCAUACUCCUGUAUGGUGGCUGGUCCUCCUGUCAAGAGUGAGCGCAAGGGACCCUACGCACCCGGCACUUUACCAGAAUCUCCUCCUGAUUCCAGUUCAGAACCAUACUCCCCCCAGCAAGUGAAUGACCACCACAUGCUUCGGACCAUGACUCCUGAAAACUUAUGCCAUGUGACACCACCUUCAAGAAUGGAACACCAGCAACCUUCUGGUCCUGCCCAUAUGCAGGGUCCUCCUCCACAUCCUCACUAUCCUAGCAUGCCCCGGGACAUGUAUAUGAAGGCAGAGCCAUUGAUGUCACAGUAUUCACUUGGACCCGGAAUGGUAUCUAACGAUAUUCAGCACAGCCAGCAAAGCCAGAUGUUGCACCAGCUGUUACAGCAUCACCAAGUUGGAGCAGACGGGAUUCCAGUCCACCAGGCAAAGAAAAGGAAACAUUCGGACUCGCCUCCCAGUACUCUCAAUGCUCAGAUGCUCAAUGGUAUGAUCAAGCAGGAACCAGCAGGACUGGUGCAGGAGAGUGACAGCUCCUAUCUUGAUCCAAACUACCAGUGUAUCAAGUGGCAGGCACAUCUACAAAACAAGUGGUGUGCCAUUUAUGAUGUCAACUGCAAAGAACUGCCAAUGCCAACUUACCGAGUAGAUGCUGACAAAGGAUUUAAUUUCUCUGUACCUGAUGAUGCUUUUGUGUGUCAGAAGAAAAACCAUUUCCAAGUUACAGUUUAUAUUGGAAUGCUGGGUGACCCAAAGUACAUCAAGACAAGUGAAGGAUUCAAAAGCAUCGAUUGUUUUUACCUAAAACUUAAUGGUGUCAAGCUGGAAGCCAUGAAUCAGACCAUCAAUAUUGAGCAAUCACAGUCAGACAGAAGCAAAAGGCCAUUUAAACCCGUGGUGGUUACUCUUCCUCCUGAGCAGGUAACAAAAGUUACUGUAGGACGGCUUCAUUUUAGUGAGACUACAGCAAACAACAUGAGGAAAAAAGGCAAACCUAACCCAGAUCAGAGGUAUUUCAUGUUGGUGGUAGCGCUUCAAGCCCAGUCUCAAAAUCAGAGUUACACUAUUGCAGCACAGAUUUCGGAGAGAAUCAUUGUGCGAGCAUCAAACCCAGGGCAGUUUGAAAGUGACAGUGAUGUGCUAUGGCAACGUGGCCAGCUCCCUGACACAGUAUUUCACCAUGGCCGCGUUGGGAUCAGUACUGAUAGACCAGAUGAGGCACUGGUUGUUCACGGCAAUGUUAAAGUCAUGGGAUCUCUCAUGCAUCCUUCUGAUAUCCGGGCCAAGGAAAAUGUCCAGGAGGUAAAUACAACAGAACAGCUGAAACGAAUCUCACAGAUGAGACUAGUUAAGUAUCACUACAAGCCUGAAUUUGCUGCAACUGUGGGCAUUGACACAACAGCAGAGACAGGUGUAAUAGCACAGGAAGUAAAGGAGAUUCUUCCAGAUGCUGUCAAGGAGACAGGAGAUGUUGUUUUUGCCAAUGGAGAGACAAUUGAAAACCUGCUUGUGGUGAAUAAGGAGCGUAUAUUUAUGGAGAAUGUUGGUGCAGUGAAGGAAUUGUGCAAGCUCACUGAUAACUUGGAAACUCGAAUUGAUGAGCUUGAACGAUGGAGCAGAAAGCUUGCAAAACUUAGGCGACUGGACAGCAUGAAGUCAACCAUCAGUGGAGGCACACUUAGUCAAACUGGAAGUCAGUUUAGUCGGGCUGGAAGUGGCCCCUACAAAAAAAGAACCCCCAAGGUUGAUGGAAAGAGUUCAUCAGCAUCCACUGAAAAGGGCUGCAUAAGCCAUCGCUUCCUACAGGGAACUAUUAUCGCACUAGUCAUUGUCAUGGCCUUCAGUGUCAUCUCCAUUUCUACACUCUACAUGCUAAGCUUGCAUAACCACAGUGAGGCCACAGAUGGUGGCAGUUCAGGUGCCACAUCUGUCUUCUGCUUUGUGACUGUGGCCUGGAGGCAUGACCCGACUACUAUGGUCACCCUCUGUCCUUGUGAAGGGACUCCAGAAAAAAAUUAUUCUCUUAAUGGGCCUUCCCAGCGUUCCUCAUCAAUCUCCUCCACAGGGAAUCUUCCUGGAAAACCAGUGCCUUCAAGGUCCACUCAAGAUUAUGUCUCCUUUUCAACAAGCUUUCUUCAUUCUACCAGUCCAGACUCACAAGCCAUACCUCUCCAACCCAGUCAGGAACCUUGCUGUCCCAGUACAGCUAGCCAGUCAAGUACUACCCUUUACUUUAACACGAACCAAUCCACUGCAGAAUCAACUACCAUAUUAUCCACUCCUAGCAUUAGCAACAAGAAGGCCAAGUCUCGCCAGACUGAGAAGGAAAUGCGAUACAGAAGCCGUCCAAGUGGGUCAGGUACAAACAGUUACACUCCUGCUGCUCCACUUCAUAGUACCCACAUUCAAAGCAAGUCCAAAAAGCCACCUGACCUGGGAAUGAACAGCAACAAUCUACCAGACCAUGAAAGGACGAUAUCCCACCGUAAGCGCAGUGCAAGAUCUCCACCAACUCUGAGGUCCUUGUGGAUCGUGGAGAUGGGUCAGCCAAUCACACAGCAAUACUGCCCCCUAGCAGAAAGUUGCAGGCCUGGAAAUUACACAUUUGCAAUUCCACUCAGAGGCAAAAACAUAACAGGAGGUGCCAUCACCCUUGAAAUGACGUCAUCGUCACCUAUGCUGGUGUUGCUUUGUGGAGUCAAUCACGGACGGCCAUGUGCCAGCAGCCUGGUUCCUCAGAAGAGACUAGAAAUCACUCAGACACAGGGGAUCGAUCACCAGUGGCCUUUAAUGGUUGCUCCAUUCCACAACCUCUCAUACCACUUUCGUGUGUCGGAAUCUCAGCACGUGGCCUGUGAUUCUAAGAAUGGAGAGGAUGGACGCAUGUUUACCGACUACUACUUCCGAUUCCUGCAAGUCUGCGUCUGAGAGACAGUCGAAGGAAAGCAUCCUGGGAAAGAAAAUACUUGGCUUGGACCUCCUUGCAUCAGCUACAUUCUGUCAUACAACCUUUAUUCCCCCCCUCCCCACUCCUCCAUUUGGGGCUACAGGAUUUGGCUCACAGUUAAAGGAGUCCAGUUCGCCAUUCUGUGCCUUCAUGAAAAUGUAUACUUAUCGUUGCACCGUCAUAGUUUGGGGACAACAUUUUCAUCCCUGCAGGUAGCCUCCUUCCUGCUCAAGCUCUUAUUGUGAGCACAGCCGCUGGGUAUGCACUGAACAGUUAGUGCCAAAGAACUUGAAAGAGGAUGACGAAGAUAAAAUGAUGAGAAAGACCAAAGCAGACUAUCACAGCCUUGCAUUGGAUGGACAGUGAGGUCAAAAGGGGUGGAAGAUAUGUAGUUGGCAUUUGGUUUAAUCCCUCCCUUUUCUGCAAAAAAAUAUUUAUAUUUAAUUGUGUUAUUUUUGUUAUGCCAAGUAGAAUUAGUUCAUUAUUUAGAGGUAUGGCUACCAGCCUAACUGGUAGGAGAAACCUGCCCAACGCCAAAUAUGGGUAAUUAAUUGCACUUAGAAGAUGCUUUUAUUUCAUUCAUUGAUCAACACUGCUGUCCUUGUUUAUCCCUGACCAAUAACUGGAUUAUUUAAAGCUUUUACACUGGAGAGUACUGGUCAGAACUGGCAAUUAGCAAAACCUGCAUAUCCUACUGCAGUUACACUGGAUUGAAAGUGCUGUCAUCUCAUUCAGCUAGUCUAGGGUUUGAGCGGCCAUGCCACGGAACCUCAGCCCUGUUCACAAAGCUGUGUGUUGGUACACUGGAACUUUGAUCGUUUCUCAUCGAAAGCCACCUCCAGUAUCGGGUAGAAUACUGGACUCGUACUUGCAUGUGGUGGCAAGGCCUUGAUUUGUGAUAAAACACAGUGGUUGCUUCUUCAAACUUGGGGUGAGCUGCCGAUGUUACUCUGAGCCGUCAGCCUUGUGUGUGUUGGAAAGAAGAGGUGCACAGCUUAGAAGUGAGGAACUCUACAUAGCCCACUUUUCUCGGGUGAAAAACAAGUCCGUCAUAGGAAGUCUGCUAGCAUUAGCCAGCAUCUGUGCUGUACAUUGUGCAUUGGCUUAAAGAAUUAUUAUAUUUUCAGGUCACAGCUGGAGCGAUGACAGGCGCUUCAAACUUCUGCUUGUUUUUUAAUGACUUUCUGCGUUUUGUGUAGUCUUCUUCUGUUUUAAUACACUCUGAUUUCCUUAUUUGACAUUGAUCACAAUGACACAUCUGACUCAGAUUCAUGGGGGAUGAAGACCCAGAUGAAGACAUAUUGCUUACAGUGGUCUGUUUUGUAUUUUUCUUUCCCCUAUUCCAUCAUGCCCAGCUCUCUAGUUCUAAAAAUCCACGAUUUCUCUAACUAAUUGGAGAAAUGCGAACCUUAAUAGUGAAACAUGACAAGGUUGUGGAGAUACCAUAGGAAAACAUUAGCCUUGAUGACCUCCUGCUGGGACAGGACUACCACAGACCCGAGCCACUACCUUCCAUGUUCACCUGUAACACAAGUAACGUUUUUAAGUAUCGAUUAUAACCCAAAUUAUUAAAAUGGUUUUUCAGACAUUGGAAGACAAGCAGAGGUUCCUCAGCUCAGAUGAGAUUCGUCAGCCAUGGACUUAAGAAUCCAUGUUAUGAAAGAAGCGGCCAUAGUGAGAAAGAAAAGGUCUUCUUGUCUGUUUUGCUUUAAUCAUCCAACUACAUGGUCAAUGAGUACAACAGAUUGCAUUUAUAUAUAUAUAUAUAUAUUUUUUUCUUCUUUAAACACUGUCAAUACUCUCUAAAAGCACUACUUAUUAAACGCCUUACACUAUUUAUGACUGAUCAUAUAUCAAUGCACAACUUAGAUAGAGAAAACUGAUGAUAGCAUAAAGUGCCAAGACAUAAAAUGUUUAUUUUUUCUAAACAUAGGAAUAUAGCAUUUUGUAAUAGGUUGUUUUUUAGCCAAUAGGAGAUGCCACAUAGGAAUAGUUGCCAUUCUGCUGUGACGAGUCUGCUCUCACAGCUGCACUGAACACACUCGCCCGCUCACUCCGACAUCUGCGCCUUUCCUCCACACUUUACCUCCAUUAAGUGAGCGCACUAGGGAAAACCUUCUACAUCCAUGUGGACGGUGGUUCAUGUGAGCUCUACUAGCACAUCAGUUGAUCUGCUCCCACCCUGCUUUCUAGGUAGACGCUGUGGAAAGCCCCAGUCAUUUGGGGGCCCUGCGCCCUCUGAAACACAUUCGUCUGCAGAUUUUACAGUGCGUUGUUUUGUGCUGAAACGACGUAUAACUAACCUUUUUCUGGAUCAUACAUAAACCAAAAUUAAAGAGCAAUCCAAUUUCUGUCAGGACAAUAUCGUUUUUGAACGUCACACUUUCCAAGGUGCAAAGAAAGGGGCCAAAUUAUUAUUUUUUAUUAUUAUAAUUAUUCAACCUUCAAAAUUUUAAAUAACCUUUUAAAAAUUGCAUCUGAAAAUAAACCACUGAGCAACUUAAAGAUGUACUAAACAGGAUAUAAAGCUUAAAGCUAUUGUAAAUAUGUAUUUUAUCUGCUGUUGCAAUCAAAUCUGUUUAAUUUUUAAAGCACUAAUUUCUACUUUUAUUUUUACAAUCACUGAUUUUUUUAAAAUCAUUUGUAUAUGACAACAGACUACUUGUGUGUUAUGUAUCCUACUUAGUAGUGAGAUGGCGCCCUCUAGUGGGCUGAGCCUGUAAUUAGUAUUUUUGUUCUGUUACUGCUCUAAAUAUUUAUUGUGUCCUUAUUUCACCAACUCGGUUCGUCUUUGUGGAACUGGAAAAACUUUUAACUCCUUACUUGAUGCUUCCGUGCGUUGUUAACAUGCUCUGUUUUACGUUGUAUUGUCCUUUUUUAAAAAUACAAUAUGAUUUAUUCUCA